AUGAAAUUCGGAGGUUUUCUAAAGCAUGGAUUUAAAGGCGCUAUUUUUGCCCUUCCAUUUCUUGCCACUUUUAUGGAUAAGAUAGCGACAAUAUCACUUGUCGAUGGAACUUCAAUGCAGCCUCUUCUAAAUCCAACUGGUUUAAGUAGUGACUGGGUUUUAAUAAAACGUUGGCAUGUGGAUGACUAUUCUUUACAGAAAGGUGAUAUUAUAUCAUUUGAAUCUCCUCGCGAGCCAGGUACAUAUAUGAUCAAACGUGUAAAAGCAUCUGAAAAUGAUUUAAUUUAUGAUACAACAAAACAAAAAGAAACAUGUGUGACCAAAGGACAUAUCUGGGUUGAAGGGGACAAUAAACGCGCGAGUUAUGAUAGUCGUCAUUUUGGUUGUGUUGCUCGAGGUUUAGUAACUGGACGAGCAUUAUACGUUGUCUGGCCACCAGAACGUUUUGGUAUCAAGUUAUCACCACUCAGCGACGACGACUAUGAUAAUGAUGAUGAAGAUUAA